UUUUUAAUAUACAUAUAGGAGGACAAAGAAGCUAAGAAUCCCAUGCCAGACAAAGGAAACCAUGGACUAGUUCCAGGAAAUGAAAAAUUCAAGCCUGUGGUACCUUGGCCUCAUGUUGAAGGUGUGGAAGUGGACUUAGAAUCUAUUCGGAGAAAAAAUAAGGCCAAAAAUGAAUUAGAACAUCAUGUUGAUGAUAACAAUCAGCAAAACAUCAUGCAGAGGCAAUAUCUCACAUUUAAACCUCAGACGUUUACAUACCAUGAUCCUGUUUUACGAACUGGAAUUCUUGGUAAUUUUGAACCCAAAGAACCUGAGCCUCAUGGAGUUGCUGGUGGCCCUGGAGAGGAAGGCAAGCCAUAUGUAUUAGGACCAGACUACAAGGAAUCCAUUCAAGCCAGCGUUAAAGAGUUUGGGUUUAAUAUGGUGGCAAGUGACAUGAUCUCACUAGAUCGGAGCAUUAAUGACUUGCGUCAAGAAGAGUGCAAGUAUUGGCAGUAUGAUGAGAACCUGCUCACCUCCAGUGUUGUCAUUGUCUUUCAUAAUGAAGGCUGGUCCACACUCAUGAGGACAGUUCACAGUGUUAUAAAACGGACACCAAGAAAAUACUUGGCAGAAAUUGUGAUGAUUGAUGAUUUCAGUAAUAAAGCACACUUAAAAGAAAGACUAGACGAGUACAUUAAGCAAUGGAAUGGCCUAGUAAAGGUAUUUCGAAAUGAGAGGAGAGAAGGUUUAAUUCAAGCUAGAAGCAUUGGAGCCCAGAAGGCUAAACUUGGACAGGUUUUGAUUUACCUUGAUGCCCAUUGUGAGGUGGCAGUUAACUGGUAUGCACCACUUGUAGCUCCUAUAUCUAAGGACAGAACUACAUGUACUGUGCCUCUAAUAGAUUACAUAGAUGGGAAUGAUUAUUCCAUUGAGCCUCAGCAAGGUGGGGAUGAAGAUGGUUUUGCCAGAGGGGCCUGGGAUUGGAGUUUACUGUGGAAAAGAAUUCCAUUAAGCCACAAGGAAAAGGCUAAAAGAAAGCAUAAAACUGAGCCUUAUCGGUCUCCUGCAAUGGCUGGUGGAUUAUUUGCCAUAGAACGUGACUUCUUCUUUGAACUUGGUCUCUAUGAUCCAGGUCUUCAAAUCUGGGGAGGUGAAAACUUUGAAAUUUCUUACAAGAUCUGGCAGUGUGGAGGGAAGUUGUUGUUUGUUCCUUGUUCUCGUGUUGGACACAUCUAUCGUCUCCAGGGCUGGCAAGGAAAUCCACCCCCGGUGUAUGUUGGGUCUUCUCCUACACUGAAGAACUAUGUCAGAGUUGUGGAAGUUUGGUGGGAUGAGUACAAAGAUUACUUCUAUGCCAGUCGCCCAGAGACGAAAGCUCUACCAUAUGGGGAUAUAUCUGAGCUGAAAAAGUUUCGAGAAGAUCACAACUGCAAAAGUUUCAAAUGGUUUAUGGAAGAAAUAGCCUAUGAUAUAACAUUACACUAUCCCUUACCAUCUAAAAAUGUGGACUGGGGAGAGAUCAGAGGCUUUGAAACUGCUUACUGCAUAGAUAGCAUGGGGCAUACCAAUGGUGGCUUUGUAGAACUUGGACCAUGUCACAGAAUGGGAGGAAAUCAGCUUUUCCGAAUAAAUGAAGCUAAUCAACUUAUGCAGUAUGAUCAGUGUUUGACUAAAGGACCUGAUGGAUCAAAAGUUAUGAUUACACACUGUAAUCUGAAUGAAUAUAAGGAAUGGCAAUAUUUUAAGAAUCUGCAUAGAUUUACCCACAUUCCAUCAGGAAAGUGCUUAGAUCGCUCCGAGGUCUUACACCAAGUCUUUAUCACUGAGUGUGACUCCAGUAAAGCAACACAAAAGUGGGAAAUGAACAACAUUCUUAGUGUAUAGACAAAACAAACAAAAACCUGGCCUACUGAAACAUUAAUUUGUACAGGACUGAAAAUAACCUGAAAACUGCUGCAACUAUUGACUUUGUACAGCUGCGAGCCUGAAAUCUCCCGACUUGGAUGAAGGACAUAGAUGAACUGUGAUAUUACACUAAUAUUAUCAUCUGCAGUUAAUGUUUACAAAACUGCUUUUACCUUAAACUUUGUAGAUGUUUACAUCUUUUUGUUUUAAGAGGUUGGGGAUUUAACGUGCUCUUAGCUAUGUUUAUAUGAACAAAGUUAAAGGCACUGUCGUCUUCUUUGGGAUUUCACUCAGGGUCUGAAGGCAGUUUUUUUACACACACUUGAAAAGGUUGGCGUAACCAGAUUUUCAUAUAACAUGGUGAUUAUCAACCUGUUGUAUCGUUUUAUUUUACAUCCUAACAAGCACUGCCACGGGUUGCUAGCCAGAGUGGCCUUCUUUCAUAUUCAUGCUGCUUUUUUGGAAAGGUAGAUUUUCAACAUAUUUAGUGCCUCUUUCAUUUCUCUCUCUAUAUUACAAGAAAAACAUUUGAUGUUACGUGUAGUAUGGAUAUGUUGAAACAUCUUGGUGAGGAUUAAUUGUACCACCUGCGUAAUUAUCAAAGAUAAUUUUGUGUUGCCAAUGUGACUGCUGUAUUUACCACACAUUGGUAUGGCAAAUAAGGUACAGACCACUUCAGAAAUGCUGUAGUGGAUUUUAAAAAUAUUUCAAAAUUCCUCUUUUGAAGCUAGGAGCUAUAAUUUAAUUGAAACUUUUUUAAUAAGCUGAACCAAGUACACCGAAUAGCAUUUGGAUGCAUCAGGUAUAUUAGUGUCUAUAGCAGCACUUUUGUUGGUCAGAGGUGUGGAAAAAAAAUACACAUGACUGAAAUAAUUUUCACCAAUAAAAGUGCCGGUGUGGACAGUCAGUGGAAGAGCAUCUCCUGCCAAUAUAGCUCAUUGAAGAUAGUUUAAUUAUGCUGACAUGAGAGGGGCUACAAAGGAGACCUUACAAAGGAGCGCAGCUACAAUGGUACAGCUGUGCUGCUGUAAAUCCACGCUGUAAGUGUAGUUUUAGACAGCAUGAAAGCAAUUAAACAUUUCUUUUCUUUGCAAUAUUAAAAAAAAUGAAUCUGAAGCAUUAUGUGAUACAUCUGAUGAAGGGAGCACUCUGGAUUAUAGCUAAGAACUUACAAGCACUAACUUCUUUGUUGUAUCAUGCCUUACAAACCUCUGAUAUAUUUUUAAGCUAAAGCUGCACAGUGUAUAAAACUAAAAAUGGUCCAGUAUUUUGUGACAUAAUUAAUAUAAAUUGAAUUCAUCUGGAGGUGAACUAAAACUUUAAAAAGAAAAAAAAUCAUUCUGAUUAACAUGGGUGGAGACUUUAAAGGGGCACUGUCAACUAGUUUUAUAUCCAGAUUCUGAGACUAUUAAGAGUUGAUGACAUCACGAGUGCCUUGACUUAAUAGGAACCCUUUGCACCUCACAGGAUCAAAUCCUGAAAGUACGUUUUAGAACCAAAUUCUGCCCUCAUCUGCGGAUUAGCAUGUAUCUAUCAUUGAAGUUGUGUGUCAUAUCUAAAAGCUGAGUAUGACCUUUAUACAACUAUCUAUAUAUGUUUUAGCAAUGAUUUGGGAUUUUCUCUGGUUUCUUUUAACUUCUCAGCUGUCCUAUUAAAAGGUGUGAAAAAUAAAAUUAGAAAAUAGAGGAAGAAACUGGAAAAAGGAGAAUAAGGGUAUAGGUAACUUUAUACGUGUGUAUGAAAACUGACUCCAUUUUUUUUGUUGGGUAGAUUAAUCAUGUUACUAUGCAUCAGUGAAAAAAAGGUGGCAUAUAAAUAGUGGAGGUGUGUAUUUUAAUGGGUAUUUUGUGCAAUUCAUUAAAAGAUACUGUAUGUGCAUAUGAAUCUGUAUUUGAAAUUGCAAACUACAAAACAUGAGAACAUCGAAAGCUGUGGCUGUAAUGAUUUUUCUUAUUGUAGCCUGCUUGGGAAAGAAAAUCCCCUAACUUGCUUUGUAAACGGAUAUCACUAUGCAUUUCUACACAUUUUAUAAAUUUGAUUUAUGCAGAUUUUGAUACACUGUAUGUUUCUGUAGAAAUUGUAUAAAUCUUCAGAAAUUUUAUUAGGGAUACAUUUGGAAAGCCUAUGUGCAUCUUAAUUCUGGGUUGCUUGUUUUCUAGGUGAGGAAAAUAAAAUAUUUUAACUUGUG